AUGUCCAAUUCACCAUCAUCGCAGCCCUCUAUCCCAUCUUCGUCUGUUUUUAAUCCCUCGAUGGAUACCUUCACUCCACCUGAUCCAUCUACGAAUACAUCUCCCCCUGUUUCCGAUCCACCACUGGGUGCUUCUAUUGCAUCAGACGAUAUUCAUGCCGCAACACCUCACUCCUGUAGUUCAACACCUCUGCCUGAGGGCCCGGAUUUGCGCCCACCCCCCGAGGUCCCACUUCCUCCGUAUGCGGAAAGGCAAAAGCCUGGAUUUUUCUUUGAAACUUUAGGCAUAGGCUCGAAGAGAAUCAGCAGGAAGCCUCUUCAAGAUCACGUGAGUGAUGUAUGGAGAGCUAGACCAGAAUGGGCUACAACGGAAUCUAGCUGGACGGAGCUUCCAGAACAGGAGCGGCUGUCGGCGGAGAACGAGUUGCAACGCGCUCUUGAAGCUCAGUACCCUCUUCCUGGUUACACGGCCAAGCGGGUGCAAGGGUGCCGGAACUGGUUGCCAAGUAUCUUAAGGAAGGGAGAUAGGCUGGUGUAUACACAGAGGACAAGAAUUCCCGGGGGGUGGAUAGUAACCACUACCAAGGGGAUUCAGUGGUUGCUCGCCGAGUUGUCCAAUCGAGACUUUUGCCCGAGCCCUUUCUUUUUCAAUUGGGCCUUCAACACCCCCGAGGGGCCGUUCUUGGACCAUGCGGAAGGGUCUGUCUUUGGUGAGAGUUGUAGGCCCGACGAAGGCCCAGGGUGGGACUCUGUUAAGCUUUCGGGUUGGUACUGUUUUGAAGGUUGUUGGGAUGAUGUUGCAUAUGGGUUUGUGGACGCAGGUUGUUUGACAUCGAUGCAAACAUCGGCAACGAGAUCUGGGAAAAAAGGAUCCUCGUUCUCAAGAAUGUAUGCAGACAAUGGCCGUGGGCCGCAAGAAAUAAUAUCGUGGAGAGUGUGUCCAGGGAUAGAGGAACACCAUGCUUGGUUACAUGUUGUUUAG